GUCCAUGUCUUGUACGUUUUGUGCAUCCACAGUGUGAGGCGAGGGGUCCUAUGCCGCUAUCUGGGGGCAUUGCAGUGUGUGGCUCUGCUGUUGUUGUUGUUUCUGCAUUUCCAUCUCAUGCUGCCAAAAUUGUUGUAGCUGCUGCUGUUGUUGCUGCAAGAUAUAUUCUUGUUGGCAGCAAAGCUGCUGUUGCCACUGCAGAUGCAGCUGCUGCAAUAUUUGCUGCUGGUGCAAGACCCUUUGUUGAUGCUGCUGGUGGUGGUACUGUGCCAGCUGUGCUUGCAGAAGGAGGCCUAGCUGGUCAGCACAAUCUGAGCUAUGUUGCACCUGUUCGUGCACCGCAUGUUGCUGCACGUUUUGCACGGUCUAUUGCAGCGGAUGCAACUGUUGGUGCUGGUGGUGCAACACCACUUCGUGCACCUGUUCGUGCCCCGCAUGUUGCUGCACAUUUUGCAUGGUCUGUUGCAACGGAUGCAACUGGUGUUGCUGGUGGUGCAGCACCACUUCAUGCACCUGUUCGUGCCCCGCAUGUUGCUGCACCUGUUUGUGCCCUGCAUGUUGCUGCACGUUUUGCACGGUCUGUUGCAACGGAUGCAACUGUUGUUGCUGGUGGUGCAACACCACUUCAUGCACCUGCUCGUGCCCCGCAUGUUGCUGCACGUUUUGCACGGUCUAUUGCAGCGGAUGCAACUGCUGUUGCUGGUGGUGCAACACCACUUCGUGCACCGCAUGUUGCUGCACGUUUUGCACGGUCUGUUGUAGCGGAUGCAACUGUUGCGGGUGAUGCACCACCACUUCUUGGAGAUGUGGGGCUGCCAUCAUCUGGACCUGUUGUUGUUGAUGCAGCUGAUGUUGCUGUUGUUGAUGUGUCAGCGUUUGUUCCUGCUGGGCUGCCUGCUGAAGAUGUUGUAGCAUCCACUGUUGUUGUAUCUGCUGUGGCAGGACGUGAGUCUGGUGCUGCGGUUGGUGCAUUGCAUGCAGUUGGAGUUGUGGGUCUGGUUGGUGCUCCAUCUGCUGCGAGUGGUCCAGAACUUGGUGCUGCUGUUGCUGCAUCAGGCCGUUUUGUGGCUGCAACGUCGUGUGCAGCACCUGCAGUUGGGGUUGCUGGAGUGGCUGUUGGGGGCCUGGCUGUGGCAGCCUCGGGCAUUGCUGUUGUGAGGAAUAAUCCUCAGGCUUAAUGUCUUGUACAUGUUGGGGUGGCUGGUGCUGCGGUCGCUGCGUUGAUUGCAGUUGGAGUUGUGAGAGCUGCAUGUGCUCUA